UUGUGUGUUGUGUGCCGGCCUCUCACCUGCUCCUGUCGCUGUGGCUGAACCCGUUUUACGACUGCUUGCGUUUGUGUGCAUCAUGGGUGGGGGUACGAUGCUGGCGUUCGGGGCUUUACCUUCUCAUGUGACCACGACGAGGGAGCUUCGGUCGGCGGGGGGAGUGUUGUGCAACAUUGGGAUAUGUCCGAGCAUCAGCAGAUCACAUCAGCAGCUGCCCGAAACAUGUCGCUAUGCUGUCUCGGAGAUGGUGGGGGCCUCAGAGGAGACGGGAGGCGUCUUCGACCCUCUCGGUCUUGCAACUGACGAGACUUCCCUUUACCGGCGGCGCGUGGCGGAGCUGAAGCACGGGAGGGUCUGCAUGCUUGCUACCGUGGGCGUGCUAGUGCAGUCGUUCGUCCAGUUUCCCGACCCGGACCGAUCUGCCUUUUCAAACACCAGGCCGCUCGGGGCGCUAUUUCAGGUGUGGAGAGAACGACCUGUGAUCCUGUUGGGGAUUGUGGCCUUAAUGGGAUUGAUAGAGCUCACCAUCGGGAGGGAGGACUACGGGAGCAGCGAGGCCGAGCCCGGGAAGCUGGGGGAGCUUUGGCAAACAGCGCGGCCUGAAGACCCGCAGCUUUGGAGGAGAAGGCAACUCCAGGAGUUGAAGCACGGAAGGCUCGCAUCGCUCGGAAUCACGGGUAUGCUGGCUCAAGAGCUCGUGACGCACGAGGGGCCGGUGGAACAGCUAUUAAAGGGGGACAUCAACCCGUUCCAUGAGUACUGAUGUUGUGAGGACACCUUCUCCGAUCAGACGGGCGCGCACCGGUUAUGUACAAGAACACGGGUCUGGCUGGAACGACUCAUGGACCCAAACCCGUGUGACUACGUUGGAUUCCGAUAAUGCCGCGUAAAGCCCUGGGCCGAGCGGUGACGCUCGCUGUCCCUGCUGUCUAGUUGAUAGAGCUGUCAGGUUGGGGCGCUCGUCGCACGGGAAGGGGGGGGGGAAGGGGCGAGGCAAGUAAGGACCCAUGUCCAAAGGGUGUGUUGUGUAGAGAUUAUGGUCGGAAUGGCGUGGACAUAAGGCGCAAGGAACACUCGAGAGAGGGAUCAUCCUUAGUAGCUGAAGCGUGUUGUGGUGCUGAGGGGGGGAGACGCUGCUAUGUAUCAUAGAUAUUAUUGUUGCUGAGGGGGCCUCAUAUCAAGACGGGUGUUAUGGACGGGUGUUGUUGACAUCCCGAAAGAGACGUGUUGUGGAUACCCUGUUUUGUGAUUUGGUCUUUGUAACCUUCACCCAACCAGUGGACUGGACUGUUGUUGUUGUUGACCUGCGAUCUUCUCGUGUUCUCCGUUUCAUCCUGUCCUGAAUCGGGGGGACACAAUUGGCAACAGGAGCAGAACAUUCAGUGGCAGGUCGUCUUCUUAAGUACCCAGAUGUAACAGUAGCUACCCGUUGAUGAGGCGAGUGUGAAUGGGAUGAGAGCGGUGGAAGUAGGCCCGCCCUCUUCGUGCGGUUGUCGAAGGUGGUUACGGAACCUAGUGUACCCUGUAAGUAUCCAUUUCAUGCCAUUCGUGGUACGUAUGUGUAGCCGGUGUAACGACACGUGAUAGACGGGCGGUCGUGGGGCUUGUUUCAACUACGAGAAAGGGACAUGCAGCGUGUGCAGGUGAGGUAUUUUCUAUCCUUGAGUUCUUGGCGGAACGUGUUCACAAGCCGGUUUUGUUGUCAUCCGACAUGAGUAGGUAGAGGGCCUCACGAGCGUGUAGCCGGCAGUGUAUCCUGGGUCGAAUGUAACGUAUGUGCUGUGUAUGCUACGACGACGAACCGUUGAUGUUGGAGGAGAUCAGAGGACGACGAGCGGUCAUGUUUACUUUGCAAGUUUUUUCGGGUCGUGCAAGUGACCAGUGCUUAGUCAAGAUGUAGCUCAUCAACAGCAAUUGGCAACACUUCUCGAAGAGAUUCUCGCUAUCUUUUGAUGGAAUAUUUUUGUAGUUUAAGGUGGUGCCGUUGUGACGAUGCGGGACGGUGCGUAACGAGGACGGUUUUAUCACGAAGAAAGCCGUACCAAAAAAGACGGAGAACCAUUGCCUGGUCCUCGAUCUGACGCAAAGAGCACAGACGAGGUGAAGAUUCGUCCUUGGUCAAGGGAGUAACUUAUCAGCAGCAACCAACAAGCCAUUUUUAUUCCAUGUGUGCGUCGGUACUAAACUGGUAGCAGGCUUUUGAGAAAGAGCUCGUCGUGAAGGU